AUGAUACUCAGUCAAAUAAACGGAAUAACAGUACGCGUAAUGGAGGAGAGCGACUACGGAAUUGUGAAACCCUUCAUGAAGGACUACUUCCAUUACGACGAGCCCAUGGGCAUGGACCUCGAAGAGGAAAUUCAUCUACUGAACGAGGCAGAAGUGGACAGGGAAUACCUGUCGGUGAUCAACCAGGGUCUCUCCAUAGUGGCAUUCGAUAAAAACAACCGAAAUCUUCUCGUUGGCAUCGCGGUGGCCGAGGAAAUGGACCCCUAUAUAAUGGCCAAGCAGCACAAGGAAGCCGAGGAAAUGGAGCCAAAUGCCUUGGGUCGAAGCCGUAAGAUGAUAGCCAAAGUGGAGCGGGACGCCAGGAUCUUCGAACGCUGCGGAGUCUCCAAAUACCUGAGUUUAUUAGUCAUCUCCGUUCACGCCUCGAUGAGGGGAAAUGGUCUGUUGACCCACCUUAGCGUUUGUCUAUUCGAAUUGGGUCGUUCCCGGGGAUUCCCUCUGUUCAUUGGCUCCAGCACCAGUUACUACUCCGCCCGGACGGCGAUGAAUGGAGGGCUCGAGUGCAUUCACUCACAGGCAUAUGCCGACUACAAGGACGAUCAAGGACGUCCGAUCUACAAUCCACCAGCUCCACACACACAUAUCCGGGUCCUGGCUGCUAAGCUUUAA